AGUUGAAAAUUAACAAAGCAACGCCAUGAGCAGUAAUGCUAAUCGACUUUCUUAUAUAGAAGAAGACAUUGAAAUAAAACCUUCUGCGGAAUUGAUACCAGAUGAAUACAAACAUUUUACGGAACCGAACCAAAAAAUUUUCCUAUAUACAUUCACCAAUAAUGGUGAGAUUUAUGAAAGCAGUGAAAAAAUAUUUUUAACAACUAUGGAAAACUAUGGAUACGUAUUUGCCAAUAAGUAUAACUUAGAUAAAGAUAAUCUGAAGGAAGCGCUAGAAAAAAUUGCCAAAAGUUGUAACAACGAUGUAGCUGGACUAAUUCUUUUCUUUUCUGGUAAUGUAACAAAAUAUAGUUAUUUUGAGAGCGAUAUACCUGAAAAUCGUAUAGCGAUCCACAAUAUUUGGUUAGGUUUUAACUCGAACUCAUGUCUUCAGCUGAAGAAUAAACCGAAAAUAUUCAUUUUUGAUCUCAUAGUUACGCCAACACUCAUACAAACUGAUGGGAGAUUGAUACAUAAGGGAUACGACACCCCAGCGGAGGCGGAUAUUUUGGUUAUAUGUAACAAAUCAGAAGGAGCGACUGAUUUCGUAUAUCAAUUUUGCGAGAACAUCAAAGAAUACGGAGAAACGGAAAACAUUGUCACUCUGGCUAGUUGUGUAGAUGAGGACACGCCGCUCGUAAUAUCUACAUUAACCAGAAAUUUCUAUUUCACUCCCAGUUUCAGUAAUUCUAGAGGAAAUUAUCGUAUAAUAGAAAAACAUCAGGAAGAUAUUAGAUCACAAAUAGAUAACUUGAAAAAAACAGCAAUUAAACACAUGGAAAAAAAGAAGAAGUCUUCCAUACUUGACAGUUUUAGGUUAGGAAAGAAACAAAAAGACGAAGAAGUCUUUGCUGAACCAGUAGUAUCUUCUAAAGAUACAACAAAAGCUCCUAGUGAUACUAGCAGUAGUAGCAUGUCGACAGGACAUAAGUCGAUUACUUCUUCAGUACAAUCUAGAGGUUACAGUGGUACGAAUUAUCAAAGAACAAGAUUAAUGUCACAAACUGAACCCGAAGGUUCCCGAUCAAGCACCAAAAAGAAAAAUGAAAAUAAGAAACCGAUUUGGAAACCAUAAAAAAGUGUUGAAAUUAUAUUAGAUCAAUAAUCAAAAUAUUACUUUAUUUAUCUGAAUGAAAUUUAAUUUUAGGGUUUACAAAAUUUUUGUAUUGUCUCCAUAAUCACUUUUGUAAAUAAAUUGAACUGAAAUAACAACUCAUAUUUGUAAAUUGUGAGAAAAUCAAUUAAUAAACUUAUUUAUAAAUAUU